AUGAGAGUCUCCUUUGGCACCAGCCUCAUGCUCAGCAGCCUCCAGCUGCUGCUGCUGCUCCAGGCUCUAGGAAGUCUUGGUCUCGCCCCGCAAUCCAGAGGGCACCACUGCCGGACCCGGCCCACGGACCUGGUGUUUGUUGUGGACAGCUCCCGCAGCGUGCGCCCCACAGAAUUUGAGAAGGUGAAGGUGUUCCUGUCCCAGGUCAUUGAGUCGCUGGAUGUGGGGCCCAAUGCCACCCGGGUGGGGCUGGUCAACUAUGCCAGUGCGGUGAAGCAGGAAUUCCCUCUGCGGGCCCACGGCUCCAAGGCCACGCUGCUGCAGGCUGUGCGUCGCAUCCAGCCCCUGUCCACAGGCACCAUGACGGGUCUGGCCAUCCAGUUCGCCAUCACCAAGGCCUUCAGCAAUGCCGAGGGUGGUCACUCCAAGUCCCCUGACGUCAGCAAGGUGGUCGUUGUGGUGACGGACGGGAGGCCUCAGGACAGCGUGCGGGACGUGUCUGCGCGGGCCCGGGACAGUGGCAUCGAGCUGUUCGCCAUUGGCGUGGGCCGCGUGGACAAGGCCACGCUGCGGCAGAUCGCCAGCGAGCCGCAGGACGAGCACGUCGACUACGUGGAGAGCUACAGUGUCAUCCAGAAGCUGUCCAAGAAGUUCCAGGAGGCUUUCUGCGUGGUGUCGGACCUGUGUGCCACAGGAGACCAUGACUGCGACCAAGUGUGCAUCAGCUCCCCAGGCUCCUACACCUGUGCCUGCCGCGAGGGCUUCACCCUCAACAGUGAUGGCAAGACCUGCAAUGUCUGCAGUGGCAGUGGUGGCAGCUCAGCCACUGACUUGGUCUUCCUCAUUGAUGGAUCUAAGAGUGUACGGCCAGAGAACUUUGAGCUGGUGAAGAAGUUCAUCAACCAGAUUGUGGACACUCUUGAUGUGUCAGACAAGCUGGCCCAGGUGGGGCUGGUGCAGUAUUCCAGCUCUGUGCGCCAGGAGUUCCCACUAGGCCGCUUCCACACCAAGAAGGACAUUAAGGCGGCCGUGCGGAAUAUGUCCUACAUGGAGAAGGGCACAAUGACCGGGGCUGCCCUCAAGUACCUCAUUGAUAAUUCUUUCACUGUGUCCAGAGGGGCCAGGCCUGGUGCCCAGAAGGUGGGCAUCGUCUUCACUGAUGGCCGAAGCCAGGACUACAUUAAUGAUGCUGCCAAGAAGGCCAAGGACCUCGGCUUUAAGAUGUUUGCUGUGGGUGUGGGCAACGCUGUGGAGGAUGAACUGAGGGAAAUUGCCUCCGAGCCUGUGGCAGAGCACUACUUCUACACAGCUGACUUCAAGACUAUCAGCCAGAUAGGCAAGAAGUUGCAGAGGAAGAUCUGUGUGGAGGAAGACCCAUGUGCUUGUGAGUCCAUAGUGAAAUUCCAGGCUGAAGUGGAGGGGCUGCUGCAGGCCCUGACCAGGAGGCAUAUCCUUUUUCAACUAUGGCUGCCGGCUGGGAGGAGGGGUGACAGGCAGUGUGGGGAGCAGGGGCAUGGCCCAGGUGCUUCCUUCUGGGGGAGGGCUGCAUUUUGGCUGGAUGGGCUGGUGUCAGUGGUGGUAUAGACUCUGUCAAGAGCAGAGACACCUAGAAGGUAAACAAGGAAACUGAGACAGAAGUCAAGAUCUGGGCGCUGGACACAGACACUGUCUGGGCAUGCAUCAGGCCCAUAGUCCUCAUUUCCCAGGCUCUUAGUGACAUGACUGACACCAGCCUCCACUCAUUGGACUCCAGACACCUCCUUGGCUCAGUCAAGACCAGGUGUGGGACCCAACAGGAGUCACAGUAACUGGUUGUGUUUUUGGAAAGCACCAUUCUUGGGGAUAGGUUUUUUUUUAGAGACAGAGUCUCACUCUGUCGCCCCUGGAGCGCAGGAACACAUGCUGUGGGGGGAGGGUGAGAGAAAGCUCUGGAAGAGGGGCCCUCUGGUGGCAACAGGAAGGGGGGGGCCCAAUGCAGGGCCAUACCUGUCACUGCACUGGCCAACCCAUACUCCUCCUUAACUCUGCGUCCACUGGAAGCUGUGAGUAAGCGGCUGGCCUUCCUGGAGAACAGGACCAACUAAGGCCACCUGUCCCUUCCAGUGGCCUUUUUAUCUCCCCACCCCAAGCUCAGUCAGAGUUCUGCAUGUGCCCCCAGUGCCCUGAGUUUAGUCUAGCUUUGCAUUUAUAGUGAGGGAGGCCAGCCUGGGGGUGGGAGGGAGAGUGUUUGAGUGUGUCUGUUGGUGGUGUGUGAUAGCGUUUGGAAGCACAUGUGUGCGUGAGCAUGGUGUGUGUGUGCACGUGUGCACAUGAGCCCGUGUGUGUGGACAUGCACCUGAGGGUGAGUAUGAGUCUGGCAACUGGAAUGCGGGUGCAAUAGUCAGAACAUAGGUGUGAGUGUGAGAGAAACUGAGUACGCAUUUUUUUCUAAUCAAAAGCUUAAUAUAUUUCUAUUUUUUUAGUUAACCCUUUCUUGACUCCAAGUGCU